GGCGUGUUUGCAUGCGUCAGGCACCACUUUCGGGAAGAAAAAAAAGGAUUUUCUUCAGUCAAGUCUCGAUUCGAGAACAUACGUCAAUCAGGGACACCCCCCGGAGCGCUUCAAAGCAGUCCGUCCAUCAAUCGUGAAUCGUGAAUCAUGAAAAGCCCUUCACAAGCAUCUCCUUCGGAUGCGCUUUUCGGUGCAUCGUCUUGUUGUCAAGCAAUUUCUCCAUCCCUUCAGACCUGCAUGGCCGCGCCGCUUGCAUUCACAUUGAAUCUUUUCCAGCUUCGAGGCAGCUUAUACUUGGGGCCAAGCCGUUCCCGGCGAUGAGUCGCAGCUACAAGAUUGUGCCAUCGCCCUCACUCCCGUCCGCAAUGAUGAUAGCUCGACGAAAGUCAUCUUUCCUGCCUCAUCUUUGAAUGCGGACCAAGACAGGCGUAGCGAUUCAGUGCGAUGCUAUCAGAUUACGCGGAACGAGGAAACAAUCGCCUCGAGAAAGGGGCAGGGCGGAGGCAAAAGAGGGAGGUGGGUUGUGUGGUGUAUGAAGAGGUGCGUGAACAUCAGGACGCGCAUGCGACGCUCAGGAACCGCAAUGGUGAUGCAGCAAUCCCAGAGCGAUGCCUGGGCACAUGGGAAGUAGGAAGGCAGUCAAGAAUGCGAUGGAAUGUACAUGCUGAGAUGCGUAACACGAGUUGGUACUGAGCUCAGGGCAGCACGUGGUCGAAAGAGUCCUUGUUGUCGAAUGAAGCGUCCAAAAGUCC